AGCGAUUUCGAUGAACCCAUUUGAGAGCAACGCAGCCUUGAGCAUGCAGGGCUCCUUCUCCACCCCGAACACGCACAAAUAUUCUGUCAUCUUGCCCACAUACAACGAGCGCAAGAAUCUGCCGGUCAUCAUAUGGCUGCUGAAUAGGGUGUUUACAGAAAAUGAGCUGAGCUGGGAGAUUAUUGUCGUUGAUGAUAAUAGCCCCGAUGGGACCCAGGAGGUCGCCUUGCAGUUAGCUAAGGUGUAUGGAGAGGACAAGAUCGUCUUGAAACCCCGGGCGGGCAAACUCGGUCUUGGAACGGCCUAUAUCCAUGGUCUCAACUUCGUUACUGGAGACUUUGUGAUCAUUAUGGACGCCGACUUUUCACACCACCCAAAAUUCAUCCCACAAUUCAUCCGCCUCCAACAAGCCCACAACCUCGAUAUUGUCACCGGCACACGAUACCGCUCGACCGCUUCACCGCCACUAUCCGGAACCCAGCCUGGUGGUGUACAUGGCUGGGAUCUGAAGCGCAAGAUCGUCUCGAGGGGCGCAAAUUUUCUGGCGGAUACGGUGUUGAAUCCUGGUGUCAGUGAUUUAACGGGCAGUUUUAGGCUGUACAAGGUCGCCGUGCUGCGCCAUAUCAUCACCCUUACCGUCUCGCGGGGAUAUGUCUUCCAGAUGGAAAUGAUGGUUCGCGCUAGGGCGCUCGGAUACACUGUUGGUGAGGUGCCGAUUACAUUUGUGGAUAGGCUGUUUGGGGAGAGUAAGCUUGGUGCGGAUGAGAUCGUGCAGUAUAUGAAGGGAGUGUGGUCCCUGUUUACUGGCGUAUGAGAGCUGGUUCACAAGGCAAGGAUGGAAUGUUGGUGGUUGAGGUGAUUAUGUUGUUCCCGCAAUGAUUGUGGAUCUGUACACGCUCGUUACAUAUACCGUAUUUUGUUCUUCCUACUCUUCGCGAUGAUUGGUGC